AUGGCGAGGACGGCUGGGUACCAGGGCGCUGCAGAAAACCCGGGCCCAGUGUUUGUAAAGUUGAGUGGCGAAGAAGUUCCAUACAAAGCUCCGCCCGGCAGCAGAGUGCGAGAUAUCGCCCCAGCUCUGACAAAGUUCUUUCCAGGUGGCUCAAUUCGUUUGGUCCCUGAAUCCGGUAGAGUCCUUUACCCUGAUGACCUGAUACCCCCGGCCGGAACUCUCCAGGUUCAGGUCAUGGGAAUCGCUCCCGGCCGAUGGUCCAGCUUGUACUUUGGUGCCCUGGCUGGGUUUGAUGAAGGCAACUUGAGGCGGGAAUUGGAAGCCGCCUGGCCCGGUGACUAUGACGGCGACCCCGUCGAACGGCGACAGGCACUGGAUGAUUGGCAAACCCUCACCUUCAAGGCUCUGCAAGAGGUGGUCCGGAAGUGUUGUGGUCCAUGGGCUGACUAUUGGACCUUUGGCUCUAGCGCGUGCUCCUAUGGCUAUUGGUACGUUCGGCCACCCUACACCGACAUGGCGGCUAGUGUAGAGCUGAUCAUCACCGAUGUGAAGAGGUGGCAGAAGAUUAUUUUGGAGUUGGAAGAUGAAUUUGCUCAGUUACGUUCCAGAUGUUCUGGCUAUGAACUUUCCGAGCACUUGGAGACAGCCAUUGCUCAACUCCUGCGUCACUGUCCAGCCUUUUACAACAACGUCUCCUGGCACGUGGGGUUUGAGAUGUGGUAUAAGCCUUUCGCAGAUCUGGUUUGCUGGUACUUAAGUUCCACAGGCCUCGCAGAGUCGCACCUGAACCUCUUGGACACUGUUGCCAAUGCGAUCAGGGGCUUCAACAGUUACCAAUGUCCACCAGAUACAGCCCUAGCAGUGGUGCGAAAGGUCGCUCCGGCAUACAACCAGGUGGAUUCCACCAGCGAUUGGCUCCGGUCGCGCGCAGCCAUGGUUGCCCUGACCUCCUGUGUUGAGGGCACUACCAAUGAGGACAGCCACCUGCGCUUCAUCGAUUCUGUGGAUGCUGCCAGGGACAGCAAACGGGCCGCCGACCUUCGCUAUGCGCUGGACGACUGUCGAAAGGCAGCAAUGACAGGUGUGCCAUUGAAGUUCUCACACUUGAGCCGGUGGCAAAGCUUCCUCUUGCACAACGGAUUCAAGAAGGUGUCCUUCCGCCGGCAUGAUGCCUAUGCCAAGCAAGGGCGAGAACGCUAUCCCCUGGAUACAAAUACCGAGUCAAAGUUUCAAGAACUUCUGGAGGAGGCCAAUAGCGAUGAGCCGCUGGCACUCAGAGCUUGUCGCGCCUAUCUGGAUGUGUGUUUCUUCCAUCCUUUUGAGGAUUGCAGCAGUCGCCUGGCACGCUUGGUGCUCGACUUUCUCCUCACCCGGGAAGGGUACGCUCUCCGCAACACUGAGCCAAUCUUCAUGUUCUCCAAAUCCGCUCGGGACGCUGAGGGUGCCAAGGCGAUGGUGCAGCUAGUGGAGUCCCUCCUAACUAAGCCCGGAGGUGAUUGGGGCAAGCUUUUGGCAGGUUGGAUCCAGAAGAACCCGCACCCCGGGUUUAGCCAGAAAGUCAGAUGGUUUUCGUGCGGUUCGUGGCCUGAGGACAACCAGGACUUUCUGCAGCACUAA